AUGGGGAAGGUCAGGGAUCACGUUACCAUCCCAGUCCCUAGUCCCCAUCCGCAGUUUUUAACUUUUGGGGAUCCCUAUUCUUGGUCCCCGGUUUUGCAGGAAAUCCUUGGCCCCAUCGGGAUGGAUACAUGGGUUGAUUCCCCAAUGGGGAAAAUGAGUGAUCAUAUCGUGCUGAAUGCUGAUGGGCUGACCGCCAUGGAAGAGUUCAAGAAAUUAGGGUUUCAGACCAGGGAAGAAGGAGCAAGUUCUGGCAAUGAAAAUGAGUGGAAGAAGUAUACAUUUUCAUUUUCUGAUGACAAUGAAGAUGCUGAAAAGGGAGAGUGUCGCAUUUGCCAUGAAGAAGAUUUUGUCAAGAAUCUGGAAGCUCCAUGUGCUUGCAAUGGCAGCUUGGAGCUGGCUCAUCGAGCUUGCAUUCAAAAAUGGAGCAAUGAGAAAAGGAGCACCGUCUGUGAGAUAUGCAAGCAGCCUUACCAGGAUGGUUAUACGAUCUCACCAUCGGUUCAUGACGCAAUACUCGACAUCAAUGAUGAUUGGGUGGAGAUAUUGAGUCGAAGCAGGAUGUUCACGGCUGCUGAAGCUGAAAGUCUUUUUGGGAUCAAUCAAUACCAAUAUACAAUUGGAGAUAGUGUCAAAGCUGUUAUCAUUUUGGCAAUCCUUCUCUUUGAAUCAUUGGCAGGAUUAACUGCUACAUAUACCUGUUGCAAUGUCGAUACCGAACUCAAGGCAUCGUAG